CUCUCCGCGGCAUGGACGAAGACUCACUCGUUCGUCGACGUUCUCGGCGUAGCAACUUUGGAAACCGACUAGAGGCCGUGUUAGCGGAGGAGACCGUCGCUGAAAUAGCUGCUCAGCAGGAUGCUGAGGACGACGAGGACUGGGAGCUAACCAAAGCCAGAGAACAAGAGGAUGUAUUCGAGGCCGACUUCGACAUCGACGCGAACUCGGACGAGGAAGCUGCGAAGGUAAACGACGAGGGUGGGGAAAAGGCGGCGCAGGAGGAGGAGAAACGGGAGAAAAGAGCUGCCCGUACUCGAGUAGAACGAGCGACAGCUGCAGCGCAUGCCAGACAGAAACGAACCUUCAACCCUGAGGCUGACACGCCUGCGAGCGAUCAAAUCGCAUCUUCUCAGAGGAAGACCCGUCGCAGGGUGACGCUCGGGCCCGCCACUGACGCCGAGAGUAGUCGGGCAGCCCGUGGAGGAUAUGGGGCAGGUGCCGCAACAAGGCACAGUCAGCGACGGCAUACCAUGCUCAGCACAUCCGCAACUGCAGAACGGAUACGGGAUGCGGAGAAACGAGUUGCUCCCAAAAAGGUCAGAGCCGAAACGAAGGUCUACACACAGGACGAGCUCAUCGCACGCGCUUUGGAUACGGAGGAAGGAAAUAUAAUAGAACACCGAGACUAUCUCUCUCUCGAGGAGGAGAAACGACGGAAAGCGCGCGUCGUUCGACCGCACAUCGAAGGACCGGUUCUGCGCUGGAUUAGCAGGGGUGAACCUACGAAAACCGACUCGCCUUCGCCUGCAAGAAGGGGCAUCGGCUCGUCGCUAUCAUCGCGCCUAAACCACGCCAUUGAUGCGAAUGAGCAUUCUUUACCGAAGAGCUUGGGAUCAGAUUCGUCCUCUGCCGCGGUCCCCGGCUCUUACCCCUACCCAGUGCCUGACUCGACAACGUUGUCGUCCCCGCUUUCAAGUUCCGCUAUUGGUGCAACGGUGAACAAGGUCGACCCCCAACCGAAGCAGCACGACUCUGAGCGAAUUGCUCGGAAUUACGUGAUACACGAACUGGGCCAGAAAGAUCACACACCUCUACCGAUGUGGGACGAGACGAUGCAGGCCAUGUUCGGCGACCACGUCAAGUGGAAGGACCUAAAGGUUUAUGUCAACAAAGGCCGGCCCUUCUCUCGUCCCGUUCAGUCGUGUCCGCUCACUGGGUUAUCGGCAAGAUAUCUCGAUCCCCGGACAAACGUGCCGUUUGCGAACGUGAAGGCAUACCAGGCCCUCACAGGAAUUCUGAAUCACGAAUACGUCUGGAGCGACGCCUUGGGAUGUUACGUCGCAAGGGAAGGGGAGCGUGCUGCAGGUGACAAAGCUGGAGCUUAACGCCAGCCAUUCUGAAAGAAUGAGGCGGUUAUCCCAAUGUUCCGAUUAUACCGGUCGUGCAGAUACACCAUAUUCUCUUUAUUCCGAUCACACAACCAUCCUGGCUGAUCCACGUUACUUUCUUGCGCGUUAUCGUUGUAUUAUGUGAACUAUGCUAUAAAUUACAGAUUAUGGGGAAU